AUGGCUGAGCCGCCUUCAUCGCCACCUGGCGAGGGCGCGACCUCUUCGGACGCACUUUCCUGGUACAAGUCUCAAUACGAACAGCUCGAAGCCGAUCUCGCCGAAUUCCGAGAGUCGAGUAAGGAGCUAGAAGCGGAGCUUGAGAAGGAUAUCGAGAGGGCAGAGAAGCAAGAAAGGAUUCUGCAGGAGAAGGCCGAAACUUUGGGUUACGAAGUCGAAGAGUGGAAACGCAAAUACAAAGAAUCAAAGACCGAGGCGGCUUCAGCACAGGCCUCUCUCGAGAAGGAGAUCACGACGUUACGAGACACGAACCGCAGCUUGCAACUGAAGCUGCGCGAUAUUGAAGUCGCGAAUGACGACUACGAGCGCCAAGCACGCAACACCACUUCAUCCUUGGAGGAUAUUGAGUCCAAAUACAACCAAGCGAUCGAGAGGGCUGUCAUGAUGGAGGACGAGAUUAAGAUAGGCGAGCAGGAGCGCGAGAAGAUGCGUGUCGAAGCCCAGCGCUUGCGCGAGGAGUACUCGGACCUCAAAAUUGAGGCAGAGCUGCUUCAGGACAAGAUCAAGAAGCAAGAGGCGCGCCAUCUUUCGACUAUUUCGACCGACAUUUCGGUGCCCGAGUCACCCACCUUUGAUCGCAGCGUCGAGCCAUCGUCACCCCAUUCAACUGCCAGCUCCCCACUCGUCACGACGCCGCCCGACAGCAAGUCCAUGUCGCUGGCCGACGACCUCUCCGAGCACGAUCCACCGUCGCCUCCCAUGUCUGACGCUUCUGCGCCGCUGCCCAAGAGAGGCGAGAGCGACUCGGCCAAAACUCCGGCCAGCGCUCUGCGCAGGACACGCAUCCCCUCGGUCGAACAGACCACAAAAACCAAGUCAGCGAAGAUUCCAGGAAGCCGUACGAUCAGCAGCCGCCCAUCUACAGGAAACCCGCCGUUGCGUACGCCUGCUCACCGGUCUGUCACUGCUCGCGCCAGCACAACCCACAAGAUCCCGAACUCCAACUCUCUCAACCACAUCCGAAGUCUCACUGCCCAGAUGCAGCGCCUCGAAGCACGUGUGCAAAAUGCUCGCUCGAAGCUUCCAGCGCCUACUUACACACCUCCUCGCGCCUCGCCUCGCUCGUCCGUCAGCGGUGGGCCCAGUGUUCCUUCAACGGUUACUAUCCGUUCGAGGAAGCGGACCAUUGGGUCCUCGGCAUCGUCCGUGGCAGGUGACGAGACUACACCCACAAACCCACAUCUCUCGCAACAUUCAAAGAGCCACGUUCCCCGGCUCAGCGAAUCCAGGGCCAGCGUCGAGAACCGAAAUGGCACCGCCACGACCGUUAUCAAGGUCGUCGCUAGGUGGCUCACGCACGCCCCUUGGACGACCGCGCUCGUCUAUGAGCGGGGCGUAUCAUGGGCACUCGGGCAGCUUCAGAACGCCCAGCCGAAGGGGCAUGUACUCAAAAUUCGACCCAAGAGCGAGCACAAGCAGCAUAGCUGGACCUACGAGCUCGAUACCAGUGCCGGGUGCUCGGCGGCAGAGUGGAAGCCGCAGGACGAGCCAAGGGGCCGCGAUCGGACGACCGAGCAUAUCGAAAGUGAUCUUCCGCCGUGA